AUGCCGCUGCGUGCAUGUGUGUAUGUGUGUGUGCGCAUGUAUGCUGACAUGUUGAUUUAUAACCGCAUGUGUAAUUCACCAGGACUCCGAUUAGCAAGUCGUUUUGCAUUCAUGCAUAUGCACGGCGAGUGAUGCAGAGAGCCGCUCGGACACUUUAACUCGUCCUUUUUUUGCACAGUUAUUGUAUUAGUCUUCUUGGCAUUCUUUAAUCUGUCUUUCUCUCUCUGAUAGCGCAGUAGACUUAACAGCAUCACAGCUGAAGAAGAAGAAAAAGCUAUGAGCUCCAGGCUGUCUUGUGCUCCGUAAAGGCCCAUUUCUCCACCCCUGAGGCGUCUUACCACUCCUGCCUGCUGACAGCAAGUUCUUCUUCCAUACAUCCCCAGACACGCUCAGAAUGCACCUACUUUCCUGCCAACGAAAGCCCGGUGACAAGAGCGCAGAGACUUAAAGAUAUCUGCCGAGGAAGUAGGGCUGAAAAGAAAGAACAAAUCUCCUUGAUUAGGAUUUUCUUUUAUAUAUAUAUAUUGAAAUCACUUGACGUUUACUACUCUGAAACCAUCAAGUGCUUCAAGUUGGAAAGGAACCCCGAAGGGCCAAAGGAAUAAGUGUCAUCCAAUCACACAAAGAUCCUUUGAUUUCAUAUUGCACGGCGAAGAUCCUAAGCGAUAGCAUUCAACAGGAGAUAAUUGAACUUCCUGCCUGGCAGGCAGCUGAAAAUGGAGAACUAGAGGUUCAAGUGGGAUUUUUUUUUUCAGGGGUAUCCUUCAAAGCACCCCACCACUCAGGAUCAGAUUCUGACCUUCUACCAAUCAUUUAUUUUUUUCUGCUAGUAUUUGUCCAGAAGGGACAAACAGCUUUUGGGAUUGUUUUGUGUUAGAUCUCAGCUAUUACACUGAUGUUCAACAGUUUUACAGUGCAGAAAGAGAGAGAAAAACGGAUGAAACUGUGAACCUUGGAUCGACAAGGGGCUAACAAAGAAAAUUUACUGUUCAGAUUCAGGUGACUUGAACGACAGAAGGAGAACAAGACCAAAGAAAGCGAGAAAGGGGAGGGAGGGGGCAGAUGCCACAGAUCAUCAUUAACUUCAACCUUUUGAUAAGCUAAGCUUCUUUUUCCAUUUUCAUCUCCUUUUCAUCUUGAAAAUGAGAUUUUUUGUUCUUCUUCUUCUUUCGGAUGACCCUUAAGACUGUAAGGGGGAGAUUGCAGUGACUGAAAAAGGGUGGAGGGAAAGAAGGGAGAAUCUUUUUCCCCCCCUUUAGCUGAAACAGAAUGUUCUGUUGCCUUCUCAGUUUUGCAGUUUUAGGUAUUUAUCUUGUCACUCCAUCUCCGCUUUUAUCCCCCUCUCCAUGCCUCUGGGAGAGCAAAGGAGGGAAUUGAGUUAUUUCAUCUCCGCUGGAUUUUUUUUUGGAUUCGCCUUCCCGUCUGAUUUUUCUUCUGUACUCCUGCUCACCCCUAGCCAAAAUGCAGUUGUAUCUCCAGUCAAAAUCAGGAACCUGAUAGCAUUCGGCAAACGGAGAGCCAGGCAACGAGAACAAGAGAUGGAAAUCUUCUAAAGCCUAACCUCCGAUCUUAAGAAAACGUGAGAUUUCCUCUCGCCCAGCACCACGACCCCCUUUCCGUCCCCCAUCCAGUUUCAGAGGUGUCCUCGGAUAUUCCUUCCUCUUUUUUUUUCUUCCCCCGGAAUUUGUCAGCAUUCCCGACGGGACGCAGCCAGCUUGUAUCCGUGCCAAUCCUUUGAUAUUAGCUCCCGGUGUCGUCUGCUUCAUUCUGUGGCGGUGCAGGCAGCCAGACGACCGUUCUCCAUGAGGAGCAGUGGAAGAUGCCGGCUCUGCCAGCGCUGCUGCUGUCGAUUCACCUCCUCUUCCUCGUCCUGCUGCUGACCAUGGCUCCGUCCUCUCACAGCCAGGUGCCCGCUCUCUCAGCCGUCAGGAUGGCUGCUAUUUUAGAUGAUCAGUCUGCAUGUGGACGUGGAGAGCGGUUGGCAUUGGCUCUGGCCCGAGAGAACAUCAACAGUUUGAUGGAGGGUCCGGCGCGUGCCCGCGUGGAGGUCGACAUCUUUGAGCUGCAGAGAGACUCUCAGUAUGAGACUACAGACACAAUGUGUCAGAUCCUGCCAAAGGGAGUGGUGUCUGUCAUCGGUCCCGCUUCAAGUCCCGCUUCUGGAUCCACUGUCAGUCAUAUAUGUGGGGAAAAAGAGAUCCCUCACAUCAAGAUCGGUCCAGAGGAGACGCCGCGCUUGCCAUAUCUACGCUUUGCCUCGGUGACGCUGUAUCCUAGCAACGAGGAUUUAAGCUUGGCGAUCGGUGCCAUUUUGCGCUCUUUCGGUUACCCGACGGCCAGCCUGAUCUGUGCCAAAGCAGAGUGCCUGCUGAGGUUGGAGGAGCUUGUGCGUCACUUCCUCAUAUCCCGGGAAACUCUCUCAGUCAGGAUGCUGGAUGAAAAUUUGGACCCCACCCCCCUGCUGAAAGAAAUCCGGGAUGACAAAGUUGCAACUAUUAUCAUUGAUGCCAAUGCAUCAGUGUCAAUACUAAUACUAAAGAAGGCCUCAGAAUUAGGAAUGACAUCAGCCUUCUACAAGUACAUCCUCACCACAAUGGAUUUCCCUCUGUUGAGGCUGGACGAUGUGGUAAACGAUCAAUCAAAUAUUGUUGGCUUCUCCAUGUUGAACAACAGUCAUCCUUUCUAUCUUGAGUUCAUCAGAAGUCUAAACCUGUCAUGGAGAGAAGGUUGCGACCUUAGCCCUUACCCUGGUCCAGCGUUGUCAUCGGCGCUGAUGUUCGACGCAGUGCAUGUGGUGGUUGGAGCGGUGCGAGAGCUGAACCGCAGUCAGGAGAUCGGAGUGAAGCCUCUGAGCUGCACAUCUUCGCUCAUCUGGCAGCACGGCACCAGUCUCAUGAACUACCUGCGCAUGGUAGAGUAUGAUGGCCUAACAGGCCGUGUGGAGUUUAACAGCAAAGGCCAGAGAACCAAUUACACACUGCGUAUUCUUGAGAAGUUCAAGGGGGGUCACAAAGAGAUUGGUGUCUGGUACUCCAAUAACACGUUGGCGAUGAACUCCACAUCAUUAGACAUCAACACGUCUGAGACGUUAGCCAACAAGACGCUCACCGUCACCACAAUACUAGAGAAUCCAUACGUGAUGCGCAAGGAGAACUACCAGGACUUUCAGGGUAGCGAUCAGUACGAGGGCUUCUGUGUGGAUAUGCUGCGAGAGCUGGCAGACAUACUCAAGUUUUCCUUCCGAAUCAAGCUGGUGGAUGACGGUCUUUAUGGAGCUCCAGAACCUAAUGGGUCAUGGACUGGCAUGGUGGGGGAACUCAUCAACAGGAAAGCAGAUCUGGCAGUGGCUGGAUUUACGAUCACAUCAGAGAGGGAGAAAGUCAUCGAUUUCUCUAAACCCUUUAUGAACCUUGGCAUCAGUAUCCUGUACCGCGUCCACAUAGGCAGAAAGCCAGGUUAUUUCUCCUUCUUGGAUCCCUUUUCGCCGGCUGUCUGGCUCUUUAUGCUUUUAGCCUAUCUGGCUGUUAGCUGUGUGCUUUUCCUCGCCGCCAGGCUGAGUCCUUAUGAGUGGUACAACCCAUUCCCGUGUUGGCGGGAGCGCAGGGACCUGCUGGAGAAUCAGUACACGCUGGGGAAUAGCCUGUGGUUCCCGAUUGGUGGCUUCAUGCAGCAGGGCUCAGAGAUCAUGCCACGGGCUCUGUCCACACGCUGCGUCAGUGGCGUCUGGUGGGCAUUCACGCUGAUCAUCAUUUCCUCGUACACUGCAAACCUUGCCGCUUUUCUGACGGUUCAGAGGAUGGAGGUGCCGAUCGAAUCCGCUGAAGACUUGGCCGAUCAGACCAACAUCCAGUAUGGGACAAUUCAAGGAGGAAGCACAAUGACCUUCUUCAUGAACUCGCGCUAUCAGACGUAUCAGCGCAUGUGGAAUUACAUGUACUCCAAGCAGCCCAGCGUGUUUGUGAAGAGCACAGAGGAGGGCAUCGCGCGGGUUUUAAACUCCAAGUACGCCUUUCUUCUGGAGAGCACCAUGAACGAGUACCACCGACGUCUCAACUGCAACCUCACGCAGAUAGGAGGCCUGCUGGACACCAAGGGCUACGGCAUCGGCAUGCCUUUGGGUUCACCGUUUAGAGAUGAGAUCACAUUAGGUAUAUUGCAGCUACAGGAAAACAACAGAUUAGAAAUCCUCAAGCGCCGAUGGUGGGAGGGGGGAAAGUGUCUUAAAGAAGAAGACCAUCGAGCCAAAGGUCUUGGUAUGGAUAAUAUCGGCGGGAUAUUCGUGGUGCUGAUAUGUGGGCUCAUAAUCGCUGUUUUUGUAGCCAUUAUGGAGUUUGUGUGGUCCACGCGCCGGUCGGCGGAGACAGAUGAGGUACGCCCUCACCCCUGCCCCGUCCGAAACCACAGACACGCACGAGUGUCAGUGUGUCAGGAAAUGAUGACCGAAUUCAGGAAUGUAAUCUCCUGUAAAAAGAACUCUCGUUUGCGGCGACGACGAGCUUUCUCGUCUCAGGGUGUCCUGCGACACCCGGCCCGUCUCCCUUUAGGAGCUUCGCGGCCCAUCAGACUGGUGCGCGAGAUGCGUCUCAGCAAUGGCAAACUCUACAGCGGGACGGGAACAGUGCCUAGUGGCACACCAGGACCGGGACCUGCUGCAGGCGCAGCAGAAAUGGGCCCAGGCCCUCAACGACUACUAGAAGACCCUCUCAAUGCUAGCGUCCCAAGUAGCGCUCCUGUUUUGCUCCCUACAGCAGCGCCCCGUGGAUGUACGCAUGUAAGAGUGUGCCAGGAGUGCCGGCGGAUACAGAGUCUUCGAUCCACAUCGUCUUGUUCGCGAAUUUCGCCACUGGCGUCAGCAACAUCGUCUUUACCCCGUUUACCGCCGCCGCCGCCAAACCCCGAAACUGAAGAAGAAGGUUUGAGCAGCCCACGGAGAGCAAAACCCGCACCUCCGCCAAGGCCUGUGCCUCCAACUAAAUCCCCCUCCACUGAUCUGCUCUGCAAGCAGGAGUAGGCCAACAUUCGGGACGGUAAAUUCAUGUAAAUGAGCGCUGGAGGACAGACUCAUAGACCUCCUGUCAAAGUGACCUCUGGGAUACUGCAAACAAAGGAUGCAAAAUCACAUUAAUGGACUCUGGGAGAGAGAGAGGGAUGAUGAUUCAGCCGGACACUUAACACCACGUCAUUCAGAGCCAGCGCAGUUACUGUUACAAUGCAUAUCCCGUGAACGUAUGCUAUGCAACAUGGAAAGGGAAACUUUAAAGACGACUGUACUUUUUGCAUAGAAGUGCGGAGAUUUUCCACGAGUCGAGAUGGAGGACUGCACUCCUGGAGUCAAUGUGUGCACGCAAAACUCAAACGACUUUGGUGCAAACUAGUACUUUUCUUUUGGUUCUUUAAAAAAAAAGUGGUUUUAAAAUCUUUUUAUUAUUAUUAUUAUUAUUCCUGAAUGUCUCUUGGUUUUCUUUCCAGGCUUUCGUUUAGUUUUUUUUUUGGAAUAUGAUACUUGUAUUGUUAAUUUCUCGGAGGACUAAGUAUAUCGGUUUUUUUUUGUACGUUUCAAGGGGAGCUUUUGUUUUUGGUUAUCAGAGAUUUCAAUCUAGUAUUAUUUAAUUUAAAUGUCAACUGUUAAUGGUUAAAAUCAACAUGAAACAACAUUGAAAAACCCAACUCACUCCCCUGAUGUAUUUGCAGGUAGACAGGAUUUUCAAGGAGGAAAGAAUGUAGGGCACGACUUGAUUUUAUCCAUCGGGAAUUGAGUGGAUCACGUAGCGCGAGCAUCUCAGACCUGAAUGUCAGCGGAUUAUGGAUGUCAUUCACCCCUGAGACCAUUUCAGCAAAUCCCAGUGGUAACACUGCUUUUCCAAAUACGAAUAUGUCGUUAUUUGCUAUUUCUGCUGUAACUUUUAUUGUUUCAACGUUUACCAGCAUUAAAUUACUGUGUUAUAUAUGUUGGCAACAUUUUACAAUGGAUUCGGAUUACUGUGCCUGCUACUGUAGUCCUUCAUAUUGCCAAUUUGGCUAUCGGUUAACGUGAACUAAUAGCCCGCACAGCAAAGACGAUGUCAACUGAACAGGAGAAUCAUUUCAAGAAGAAAGUAAGUUACACUUUUAUAAAAGAUUGUGAUAUUCCAGCAUUUUAUUUUUCUUCAAAUUAAGGGAUUUCUGGGGAGUUGUUUAAACUAAUGUGUGUUAGGGAACUAAACGGCAUCGGUUUUGAUUUCAUGUUGACUUUAACAAGCUACCCAUCAAUAUUUGUAAUUGGCAAGUACGCCGAGAAGCACUUCUCAUCCCCGAAACAAAAACAAGAUAAGACGGCGGACCCUUUGUGCACUCGAAGGGGCAUUUAUCUGAUUAUGUGUGAGGACAAUUAAUGAUGUUUUUCAUUAUGGAGCUAAAUGAGCCUCUAUCAUGAAUGGUUUGUUGAAGUGCACUAGAAGUUGCUGUCUGGAGGAAGCCGGUAUUCAUUUGUACCCAAAGUGUAAACAUAGCAGCCCCGUUUAGAAUCUGCAGCAUCAUAGCAUUCAUAUGUCGGUGCUUUUACGAUUGUACGUACGUGUGCGAGUGUAUGAGAAGAAUCAUUUUUUUUAAAUCAAAGCUGAUUUUUUUAAAUUUCUCAUUAAUUUUCGAAGAUUUCUAUAUCAGUGCUUGAAGAAUCACACCCACGAUGAGGAGAACAAGGCAAAUGAUUCAGAUUAUAUUGUUAUCAAUAUUCCAAUAAAACUGUGGGGUUAUGUAGGAGGGCUGUUGCCCCUCUUCGUUAAAUAUAUAGACACAUGUUUGGAAUAAAACGGAGUGAUUUCAACUGUGA